UAAGUACGGUUUGCGGCAGCAUUGUCAAACAUUUGCUGUUAUAUCUUAAGAGCAAUGCACAAAUAUAAUCACACCAAUUUAUAUGAUUACAGUUACUUUAAAAUGUUGAUGUUAAACAUAUUAUUGCUUAUAGUCUGUUGCGUUUUCAUAACCGAGGCAACAAGUGAUACUUGCACCAAACAGACCAGUCCCACGACAGUCUUUAGCAUUAUUAAAAGAAAGUACAAAUGGAGCCAGUCGAUUAAAGCUUGUCAAGAUGAGGGUGCAGCAUUAGCCAGUAUUCAAACAAAAGAAAAAAGUGAUGCCAUAUAUAACUUCAUUAUUUCUGAAGGUAUUAGUUCACCAGACGUAUUUCAUGCUAUUUGGACAUCUGGAAAUAGGCUUAAUGACAAAAUUAACUGGUUUUGGCUAGCUCAGGAACCAGUUGUUUUUACUAACUGGGAUAUUAGCAAUGACGAACCUAAUGAUGCGGAGAAACCAGAAAACUGUAUUUCUUUUUAUAACAACGGAUCGUCCGCUGUAUGGAAUGAUGUAAAUUGUGAAAAAUAUGAAUUUUACCCCCUUUGUGAAAAACCCGUUUGUAAUGCCUUAAAUCCACGUUCACUUAAAGAAAUCACAGAAUUACAUUGUCAUUGUCAUUGUGGAAAUAACUGUUAGUUGAGACAGAAACAGGUAUACGAGACCUAAUCAUGUACUUAAGAUAAGUUUAAUCAUAAUGUAAAAAAAGAACAGUGUUUCUAAUUCUUUUCAAUAAAUAUCAAUGUUAUCCAUU